UGAGUUUCUGAGCUGCAAUAUAUAUUCCUUGAUGCCCAUUGAGCUACAAGCUUGUUUCUUGGGCCAUCUCCUGCCCCCCAUCUAAGCUGUUGAGGAGCUCGCUGAAGCUCUCGAGAUGACUAUGGAAGCGAUCAUGAAGUCAUGAGGGGCGAUAAGAUAAGCAACGCCUGCUGCCCCGCAUUCGAUCGACCACAGAUGGCGGGGCAGAAAGUGUGAGGAACUUGAAGCAGCCCGAGUCCUGCCAAAUCAACUGGCAUUGUUUAAGGUAUUAGGCAGUUUGCGUACAUACAGUGCUCAGCGCAGCAAAUCGUCGCCUCUUUACCAUUCUUCAGGCACAAAGUUCAAGAUGUUGAUCAAGGAGAGCUAUGCCGAUGUGCAGACCUUUGCCGAUGGCAAGGAGAGCUCCAUGAGAAUCUUCUUAUUUCACCCGACGAUCCCUGGAUACCCAAAUGCUCGCUUCCCCGGCGUUGUGCUCUUCAGCGAGAUCUAUCAGGUCACCGGCCCUGUAGCCCGAUUCGCAAGGCAGAUUGCCGGCCAGGGGUACAUCGUCGCCGCUCCUAGCAGCUAUCACGACUUUACCGGGCCUGAGCCUUUGGCCUACGACGUCCCGGGGACGGACCAGGGGAACGAAUGGAAGAUAACCAAGACCCUCGAAUCGUACGACGAGGACUCGUCCAAGACAGUCGACUACCUCCUGACCCUCCCGACCUGCACCGGCCGGAUCGGGGCAACAGGCAUGUGCCUAGGCGGCCACCUGGCCGUUCGAGCAAGCCUCGACCCCCGAAUCACCGCCACAGUCGCCUACUUCCCAACCGACAUCCACAGCCGGACUCUCGGGCCAAACCCAGGGCCCUGCACCUCCUCCGACCCCCCAUCCCCCACCAGCAUCCACACCCUCGACCAGUUUUCCAAGAUCCGCGGCGAGGUGUCAUUGAUCUUCGGCAUCAAAGACACACACGUGCCCGACGCCGGGCGGGACCUGAUCCGGGCCAAGCUGCGCGAGGCGGGUGUGGUUUUCAGCUUCCACGAGUUUGCCUGGGCGCAGCACGCCUUCAUCCGCGACGAGCUCAGCAAGGGCCGGUACGACGCAGCCAUUUCCAAGGCCUGUUUCGAGGUGCUUCUGGAACUGUUCGGUCGUGUGCUGAGGACUGAGUUGGGUGAGAGGGAGGGGAAGGUGCCUGAGGUGGAGCACGUCUGCUAGCGCAUUUAUAUUGUAUGUACCGUCGCUGCUGGACGUGACGGGCAGAGAAAUGGAUGGAUGACAUGGUGAGAAGACAGUCUGUAAACAGGUGAAUAUACCCUUAGGCAUGUCUAUCUCUGUACAUGUACAAUACCCCGAUGGAUGUGAAUGAUAUGUUUGAUGCCAGCGUGAUGUGUA